UGGAAUUUCUUCUGGGAGAUUGUUCACUUUGCGUGUCAUUAAAUCAUGGACGUGUAAUGGACAUUAGUUCGUGAUUAAAUAAGCACAGUGUUAACUAUUCUAAUUUAUGUACGUUAUCUUCACGAUGACAGCGACACAACAGUUUCUAGAAAAAGCAGUACAGUUGUUUCUGAGAAGAGUUUCUUUUAGAUACAACGAUCGAGGUGUUGGAUCACUUUCAUACUUGCAAGUUUUAGUCGCACUUUCAGUGUUAUAAUUAAGGAUGUAUUAUUAUUUUGUGUGUGUGUGUGUGUGCUUCAUUGCACAAAACUGAAGACAUAAAUCGUAAAAUUUCUCUGUGUCGAUGUUCCAUUUGCUCGGUGAUAAACAGUUACAAAGUCUGUGGCCAGUCCGCAUUAACGUGUUGACAUUAGCGAUUUCCGAUGUAAGCGAUGGCAGGCCGAUUGACCGAAGAAGAGGAAACGCUGGUUAAGCAGUUUUUGGAAGCAGUGAACAAUGAGAGACUGAUACAAUGCAAGGAUCCUGUGUCAUGGCCUUCUGCUGUCAAGUUUUUGAUGGCAAGAAAGUUUGAUCUCAAAAGGGCAUGUGAACUGUUUGUUGCUCACGAGACAACAAGAGAGCGAGAAGACCUACAACAUAUAGAUCCAGCUGACAAGCUGCUUCAGCGGGAAGUCAGAACAGAGAAAUUCACUAUACUUCCUGGUCGCGACAAAUCUGGUGCUGGACUUGCUCUCUUCACAGCACGACUUCAUCACCCAUCCCAAACCAGUCACCAGAUAGUGCUCAAAGGGCUUAUCUACCAAUUAGAUGCUGCUUUAGAAAGUUAUGAAACCCAGCGCAAUGGCCUUGUAUUCAUUUAUGAUAUGACAGACUCCAAGUAUGCAAACUUUGACUAUGAACUCAGCAUAAAGAUUUUGUCACUGCUUAAGGGGGCAUAUCCUGCUCGUCUGAAAACGUGUCCUGAUUGUCACAGCUCUUUAUGGUUCAAAGCUCCCUUCAAGAUCCUGCGCUUGUUUGUGAAAGAGAAACUUAGGGAUCGGGUGAGUCUUGUGUUUUAUACUGUCAGUCUUCAAGAGCUCAGUCUGUAUAUUCCUAAAGAGGUGUUGCCCUGCAGUCUUGGUGGAGUACAAACCUCAGUGCACUCAGUGUGGCUGGAACUUUGUCAGCAAGUGUUGUACAAUCAGCAGCCAGAUCUGGACACUUACUUUAUGAGGAAAGAUUUACGCUGCUCCUGCACUCGAGGCUCUUCUAGUUCUGUCUCACACAGCAUGUCCAGCGACACCGAUCUACACAUCAGUGACCUGGACUCGGAGAGCUCCAAGGAUACCGUUAAUGAAAAGCACAAUCACGAGGACAGAGAAAAGGAGAAGGAUGAAGAUGAUUACCUAUUUUCAGGCAAAGACAAAGAGGAUGGUUAUAUAGGAGGCUAAAAAGAGGAAAUCAUCCACAGCUCGCCACAAUUUAGAAUCUCGGAAGCGCUUGUCGGAAUCUCAACUCAUGAUGAUUCUCCCGAUGGCCAGAUAAGAGACCUGCCUCGCAAAAAACGGCCUCUCUCCUCAGGUUCCAACAUGGAUGACUCCAUUCACAUGCCAGACAAAGGUGGACUGAAUAUCACUCAACUAAUUGAGCAUGUGCAGACAUUAAGAAAGAAGGGGCUGUUGAAGGAGUAUGCUCACAUCAAGAUGGAGAAACUUGCAGGGACCUUUAACCAGUCUAAAGGAGAUUGGAGCUGGAGUGCCAUGGAGCGGUUCUACAGGCGAUCCUCCGAUCAGAUGGUGGGCUUCUACAUGCCAGUCAGCUCGCUGGGUGCCCAACGGCAGACUUUAGUGACAUUCCAAUACAGGCGCUCUCUCCGAUGCAACCACACGUGGAUGAAUGUUGUUCUACAAUGCUGCACCCUGAAGCAAGGCCCUCCGGCUGAUGUGGUCAUUGCUCUGCAAGGGAAGGACGGCUACAGUUGA